AUGGCCGCGGCCGCUCGGUGCCAGGGCACACGGCUCCUCCUCCUGCGGCUGCUCCUCCUCCUCCGCGCCCCUCACCCUGGCGCCGCUCGGCCUCCAAACGCCAGGCCCCGCCCGCCGCCGCCGCCGCCGCCGUGGCCGUCAGCCGCCGGGAUUGAGGCGCCCAGAGGAAGUGGGACAAACCGACACCAACCGAGCCGAGGAAGACAGCGCCCAGCCGAGCUCACUCGAACAAUAACAGCCGCCGCCGCGCCUCCGCCCCGCCUCCGCGCCGACCCGGAAGUGCUGCGGCCGCCGGCGCCGCCGGGGGCAAGGGGAGGAGCCCCGCACGCCGGCCGCUGCCCGCCGGCCGGAGCCCCGCCCAGCCAGAGCCCCGCCCCGCCGGCCGGAGCCCCGCCCAGCGCCGCGCCGGCUGCUCCCAGUCCGCCCGUGCGCCCCCCGGCCGCCGGUCGUUCCGGCACGUUUGAGCGGGCGACCCCGGCGGCCGGGAGACGCUGCGGGAGGGGCGGGGGCUUGGGGGUCCCGUCGCGGCGACGCGCGCGGUACCGCGUCCUUUCGCCCUGCGGUGGGACGCGGAGCAUGUGGUGGGAAGGAGGAGGCCGCGAUCGGCGCAGGGCCCCGUCCUUGGCUCGUGAGAAGGUGUUUGAAAUUUUGUUCAUCCUUCGAAAGUUUACUCAAAGAGUCAACGAUGGAAUGAUUGAAGAUUCACAUCUUGAGUCCCUGUGUGUGGAGGGGAGUGAAGAAACUUUUGUUUGAAUGUAGGCCAAUCUUGUUACCAAUGGACUUACCAUUAAUAAUAGAAAAGAGCUCCGUCAGUGUGUGAAUGAGAGAAAAGUGAAUAUUGGAAUAAUAAUGAGGUCAU